AUGCGCCUGCACAAGCACCCCUGCAUCUUUGUGCAUGCGCACCAACAUGGUUACCUCUUCUUGAACUACAAGUACGAGUCUCCUGAUUUUUCAUGUCAAGACAAGGAGGCCAGUCAUGAAGAGGACAGAAUAGUGCUCAUCUUGGUCUUGCGCCAUGUCUGGCCAAGGACUAUAAAGGAGCUGCUUAAGAAAGGGAAAGAGUACUUCCAGCUCAACUGUCCAUCACAUCUGCCCACUCCGGAGAAGAGGAUCACAAGUUCCCUCUCCACAGCUGAGGCCGACACCUGCGCCAGGGAGUGGCUUCAAAACCAGGGCAACUGCUAUGCAUAUUUCGAUCAUCAGCUCUCAUGGCAAGAGGCUGAGAUUGAGUGCCAGAGUUAUGGGCGAGGAGCCCACCUUGCCUCUGUCCUUACAAAGGCAGAGACACUUCUGGUGGCUGAACACAUCGCCACUUACCAAAAACAACCAAGUAAUGUCUGGAUUGGGCUCCAUGAUGUCCGUCAGACCAGGAAAUGGAGGUGGGCUGAUGAGUCCACGUACAACUACAAGGCCUGGAUGAUCGGUGAGCCAGACAACUAUGGCCAGAAUGAGCACUGUGUGGAGCUGGUGUUUUAUACAGGUUUCACACAGUGGAACGAUGCGGAGUGCAAGAAACGGAACGCCUACAUCUGCAAGCAUGAACUCUGAAGACGCUGGUUGCACCCGGGGAUGCCUGCUGGGAGACUGGAUUGGUGGACAUCCCUCCCUCUGAUAACAUCACCUCCUCCAUCUUGCAAUCUCUAUCCAUCCUUUUCAAAAUACCCUUUCUAAAGAAUUUCUACUCAGCUCUCCUGCUUCUCUUGUACUGUUUUUUUUGUGGU